UUCUUUCCCCUACUAAGCUAGCUAAAAUAAAAUUUAAGGCAACCGAAAUAUGCAUCCAAUCUAUGUGAGACGAGACCCCAGCAUCCCUACCUAUGGACUCCGGCAGUCUAUCUUACUGAACACCAGGUUUCAGGAUUGCUAUGUGGACUCACCAGCUCUCACCAACAUCUGGACGGCCAGAACAUGUGCAAAGCAGAACAUCAGUGCACCAGCACCAGGUACCACCUCUUCUUGGGAAGUUGUAAAGAACCCAUUCGUUGCCAGUUCAUUCUCCCUGGUUAAGCUGGUGCUCAGGCGACAACUGAAGGAUAAAUGCUGCCCAGUACCACGCAAGUUUGGAGAAGCAAAACCCUCAAAGAAAUUAAAGCCCAAGGACAAUUCAGCAGUGAAAGCCACUCGGCGGGGCAGGAUAAGAAACUCCAUCAGUUCCAAGAGCAAGCAGCCUGUGGGGCAGCAGCCAGGCUCACCUAGGCGCAGGCGGCCUGCAGGAGGCAUCAAUGAGAGUAAAGCAAGUUCAAAGGAGAAAAAAGUAACAGUCAGCCAAGAUCUUGAGAACAGAUAUGCUGAACAUGUGGCUACCACCCAAGUGCUACGCAGGGACAUUGGGAGAGCAGCCUGGAAGGGCCAGGAGUUGCUUCCUGAAGCCAGAAAGAGACAGCAGUUGUCAGACAUGCUAACCAUCCAUGGCCUACCCACAGAGGGUUACCAGGCUCUGUACCACGCUGUGGUUGAGCCGAUGCUGUGGAAUCCUUCAGGGACCCCCAAGAGGUACAGCUUGGAGCUGGGCAAGGCCAUCAAACAAAAGCUCUGGGAGGCUCUGUGCAGCCAGGCUGCCACCCCAGAAGGUGCUCAGAAGGACCCAUUGCCGGGCAGGCCAUGGCUGGAGGUCAACAAGGAGCCUGUGCCCAAGAAAUGGCCCAAGUUAAAGAGGGAGAAAUAGAAACAGGAACUCACACGUUGAGGAUAUUCUCUGCUAGAUGUCUAAAAAAUAAACACCAUUUUGCACCUU